AUAGAAAUCUGUGCUAGAAUGCUGCAUCAUGGAUAUCGUUCUGAUAAUAAUUGUGGCCGAAAAUAGCCGUAGUUUAAAGUUUUGUAUAACAGCCAACAGGAAAGUACCGAACGAAGAACUAUAUAUAAUAUUGAAUAUUUGAAUGACAAUAAUCUAAGAAGUUCUCUUUCAAAUUCUAAGACCUAAAAAGUCCAAGAUCAUUGGUCGCCUUCAUUCGUACAUCGUUAUACGAUACCAAUAAAGAGUAAUAGAUCGUUUUUCUGUUUUCGUUCAUCGAUAUUUAUCGGACAUUGAUUGCCUAAUUUAGAUAACCAAUUACACAAACGUCGAAUGUAAUUUCGUAUUGUAAUAUUUAAGACUUGCACACUGCACAGUUGAGUGUUGACAGUUCAAGUAGUUCAACAGUUGAGCGUGAUUUGGAUUUUGGAUCACAUUCACAUUGAUUUGCAAUAAUUGUAUGAAAUGCAACUUCCCGAGCGAAAAAAACUUUUUAAAGAUCGUCAUCAUCGAAGGGAAGAAAUUGAAGCUGCACUACGUAGAGCACUGAUUGAAGAUCAAUUUAAUACUGAAGAUUCUAGUUCUGAAGAUGAAGACUUCUCUGAAAGCGAAUUAGAAGGCCUAGGGAUCUAUGAUGAGUCAAAUAGUAGUGGAUUAGAAGAAGACUCUGAUGAGUCUGAAGAGGAAGAUGAAUCAGAAGAAGAAUCUUAUGAGUCUGAAGAGGAAGAUGAAUCAGAAGAAGAAGCUGAUGAGUCUGAAAACGAUGAUGAACCAGAAGAAGAAGCUGAUGAGUCUGAAAAGGAAGAUGCAUCAGAAGAAGCUAAUGAGUCUGAAAAGGAUGAUAAAUCAGAAAAAAAAGAAGAUGAAUUAGAAGAAGACGAUGAAGUAGAAGGAGAAGAUGAAUUAGUUGAUGAAGAAGAUUACAAUAGUGAAAUAUCUGAAUCGAAUGAGACACUUUGUGAUAGUACUCCAAUCGCUAAAAAUAAUAAUGUACUAAAGAACAAAAAUAAGUCAGAUGUUGAUGAUAAUUCACAAUCUUUUUACGACUCUAAUUUUAAUUUGAAUGAUCGACAAAAUCAAGUUAUUGAAUGGAUGGUUACCAGAGAAAGUAAAAAACCAUAUGGAGGAAUUAUUGCAACUGAUAUGGGUACUGUCAAUUGUAAGAUUGCAAUAUUAAUGCACUUGUUAUCAAAGUCUAAUGCUCCUAAUUUAGAUAACACGCAAUCAGAAGGGGAAUCUGAUUCGGAUGAACCUAUUGUCUUAAACGGAUGCACAUUGAUUGUGUGCCCAAGAUCAAGUUUAGAUGAUUGGAUUAAUUGUAUUGGCCAAAGUAUACAACCUGGUACAUUAAAUGUGUGGGUACACUAUGGUAAAAAUAGAGAGAUAUCGCUACAUGAUUUAACUCAAAAAGAUAUUGUUAUCACAACAAUUACGUUGGUUCUAACAGGUUUCCGCAACAAAGAAAAUAAUCCAUUAUAUCAAAUAAAAUGGCAUAGAAUAAUAUUGGAUGAUAUCAAGGUUUAUAAUUAUAAACUACAAACUUCCAACGCUUUAUGUCAGUUAUCAGGCAUUUGUCAUUGGGUUUUUUCUGGAUCAACAAUUUUUAAUAACGAUGAUGAUGAAGCUAUGUAUAGUUUAAUUAAAUUUAUAAAUUAUAAACCAUUAAAUAUGUUGGAAGUAAGAUUAAAAAAUUGGAAAAAGUGGAUGGAAAUAAAUCGAACUGUACCAAUUUAUGAAAAGUUGAGCCAUUUUUAUUACAAUAAGAAAAUUGUUUGAAUACAAAGUACCUAACUACAUGAUUUGUUACUUAUUUAUUAUUUAUUUUUUAAUUAUUAUUUUAUUCAGAUUUUAAUUUAAUUUUAAUUUUAUUUUAUUUUAAAUACACAUAUUUGUUUUGAUUCUCUUUCUA